GUCAUCACAUGUCAUUGUCAAUGUUCACGUGUAGUGUGUUGUGAAAUAGAGGAGAAACACAUUAAUUUGUAUUAUUUUAUUGUUAUUUUGAAGUAAAUUUUACAUAUUGGGCAAAGAUGAAGAUCAAAAAGCAGCACCGCAAGAAGAAAUACCUCCAUAAACUAAAUCGCAAGAGAAUGCACCUAAAACAACGGAGCACCGGCGAAGUGAAUUGUAAACCCAUAAAAGACGCGUGGGAUUUUAAAAAGUCCUCUCUGCGAAACAUGAAAGAAAUGGGACUUGCUAAUGAUCCAAAUAAAGUAAUCAAAAUACCCAAUUUCAAGCAAGAAAAAGUUAAGUUGGCAAAAAAGAUUGUAAAUCAAGAAGAAUCUGAUGAUGAAAGCGAGGAAGAAGUUGUCCAGCCAGUUGUAAAAAAAGAAGUUGUUGAGAUCUUGGAAAAAGAAGCUAAAGCGCCGAGACCAAGACGGUUUAUGUUACCAAAACCGCAAGUUGAAUUUAUAACAUAUUUGCUUGAUAAAUAUGGCCAUGAUUACAAAGCCAUGGAAAGGGACAAGAAAAACUACUACCAAGAAACAUGGAAACAGUUGCGAGCAAAGGUCAAGACAUUCAUGGGUAUUCCUAAGCAAUAUGGAGAGUAUUUAGCUUCAAAAGGUUUGCUAGAUAAAGAGGAAGAUGAUGAAGAACUGAAAAAAAUAGCAAAGGCGUUGAGUAAAGAUGAUGAUUGAUCUGUAGGUUGUUGUUAGGCUUAAGAAACAUUGUCAUUUUUCUCACAUACCAGCAUCUUGUUAGAUGAUUUCAUUUUCAUCAUUGACCACUGUAAAUAAAAUAAUUUUAAGGAAA